AUGAGGACACGGAAAAAUCCCUGCUCCGUGGACAAAGUUUGGCUGGAAAAACACCGGAACGACGAAGCCGAGCGGGAAGCGCCGGAGCGGGAAGCACCAGAGCCCGAGGCCAUCAACGGGAUCUGCCACGAGGAUUCCAUCGAGGGGGAGUUCAAGGGGGACCCAAAAAAACCCAGGAAUGGCAAAAAACAGCGGAAACGGAAGCGCUCCCCGAAAGCCAAAGCUCAGGAUUCCAAGCUGGAGGCGAUCCUGGCGGGAAUGUCGGCGGAGCACGUGUGGUUUGACAAGCCCUUGUAUGACCGCGCCGAGAGCGCCUACAGGAUAAAAUUGACGGGUUCCCAGAGUUGGGAAUCACCUGAGACUGGAAAAACGGCUCAGGAAUCUCCUGCUGUGGCCAGGUCGAAAUCCAGCCAAGAUAUUCCCAAGGCAAGGAUGCUCCCGGCGUGUUCCCACGGGAGCCUGGCCGCCUGUCACCACGUUGUCCAAGGGGUUUGGAUCAACAAGCUUGACUUCGAUAAGGCCGAGAGGGCCUUCAUGGAGAAAUCCCAGUUUUUCCUUCCUCCCAAUGUCCUGGCCAUCCCAUCCGGGUGGGCGAAUUCCAGGCUGGGAACGCCGGAUGAGGGCUACGGCACGGCCUUGCCCACUCCCGCCACUCCAGGCUUGGCUCCUGGCAUUCCCAACUCUCCCACGGUCAAUGGGAAGCCGCAGAUUUCCAACUGGGAAGUUCUGGCAUCCGAGGUGUGGCUGGAAAAGCCUCUCUACGACGAUGCUGAGAAGAAUUUUUAUGAGAAGAUGUUGGACGGGCACCCCUCGGAUAAAACUCAGCAGCAGCAACGCAGCUGCCCGGAUGCAUCCAAGAAUCACAACCCUGGGAAACAAACGGGAAUUGCAGCCACCAACCCUGAGCUCCCUGAUAUUCCCAAGGAAAAUCCCACUUGCUUUUUCCUGCACAAGGACAGCGAAUCCGUGUGGCUGAAUAAGGUGACCUACGACAGGGCUGAAUCCAGAUAUUUUGCCCUGGAAGCGGCCAGAGCAGCAGAGAAAACAGGGAUCCAGGAAUCUGCUGCAGGAAAUCCCUCCCCUCCAGCUGCUCCAAGCAUUCCCGCUCUGGAAACGAACAGGAAAAUGGCUGUGGAUUACUUCCUGCACGACAAGAUCUGGUUUGAGAAGUUCAAAUACGACGAUGCCGAGCGAAGGUUCUACGAGCAGAUGAACGGCCCCAUGGGUGGCCCCUCGCGCCAGCAGAACGGAGCCAGCACGAUCCUCCGCGACAUUGCCAGAGCCAGGGAGAAUAUCCAGAAAUCGCUGGCCGGAAGUGCAAGCACAACCUCCUCUGGACCUGCUGGUGACCAAAAUGAGCUCCUGUCCCGAAUUUCCCACCUGGAAGUGGAAAACCAGAACCUCCGCAGUGUUGUUGCAGACCUCCAGAUGGCCAUUUUCAAGCUGGAAAGCCGCCUGAACGCUCUGGAGAAAUCCUCAACUUCCCACCAGCCCUCAUCUGUUCCUCCAACCCAGAAAGUGGAGCCGUUCAGCGUUCCCUCCAAAAAAGUGGAGCUCCCGGCCAAGAAAGCCGAGCCAGCUGCUGCUGAGGAGGAUGAGGACGAUGACAUUGACCUUUUUGGGAGCGAUGAUGAGGAGGAAGACCAGGAAGCUGCCAAAGUCCGGGAAGAGCGGCUCCGGCAGUACGCGGAGAAGAAGGCCAAGAAGCCGGGACUCAUCGCCAAGUCUUCCAUCCUGCUGGAUGUGAAGCCGUGGGAUGACGAGACCGACAUGGCCAAGAUGGAGGAGUGUGUCCGGUCCAUCCACAUGGAUGGGUUGGUGUGGGGAGCCUCCAAACUGGUCCCGGUUGGAUAUGGCAUCAAGAAACUCCAAAUCCAGUGUGUGGUGGAGGAUGAGAAAGUCGGGACAGACAUCCUGGAGGAGGAGAUCACCAAGUUUGAGGACUACGUGCAGAGCGUGGAUAUUGCUGCUUUUAACAAGAUUUAGAAGGGAAAACUGUAUCCCCCUCAUCCGAACCUGGAAUUAAUAAAGAUGAAUAUUGGGAGUGCA